CCACAUGGUGAAAUAUACAGUAUAAAAUAAUACCUCUAUUCUCAAUGGUUGAUAUUGACAUGGAAAAAAAGUAACUUUGAGUACAUCAAUGAACGGAUAUUUUUAAUGGAUUAUAACUUCAUCUACACGUGUAACCAUACAUACUAUGUAUGACUAAUAUAUUACUUGCAGAUAUCAUUCAUAGGUGAUGCCGAGGUAUAAAAAAAAUAGAUUGUAAUAGACUCUAAAGAAGAUGCGUUAAUAUGCAGAGUGUAUGGAAAUUAUAUUUCUGAGUAAUGGUUGGAAAAUUGGCGACUGGAAAAUAUAAUUUAUAUAUCUGUUUUAUGACAACAUACUUCAUUUGCCAUACUACGAAUAUUACUUUUGUGCACUGAUGCGAUUUUACGUCACAGCGCCCCAUUUUAAUUCCUUGCGGGAUUGACGCUUUGUCUACUUGGAGCGCCACCGUGCAAACAACCUGCGCCUCUGCUCGCUGGUAGACAGCAGUAAAUAAUUUCUGAUUUUAAACUUACGUAUAUCGUGAAAAUUUCUUGUGUUAUAAUAAAUAUUUAGUAGAAGUUUUGGUUGAUGCGAGUCUGGAGCCAAGUAGUCUGCUACAAUGUUUGCAAAGAAGAAAAAAAAGCCACAAAUCUCAACACCAACGAAUUUCGAGCACAGAGUUCACACUGGUUUUGACAAACGCGAGGGUAAAUUUGUUGGUCUGCCUCUCCAAUGGGCUUCAAUUGUUGGGAACAAUCCAACAAAUCGGCCUUUGCCACUGGUGGAUCCCAGUGAAAUAACACCUACUGAAAUCUUGGAUUUGAAAACUAUUGUUAGAGGUCACAAUGAUCCCAGAAUCAGGAUACCUGGUGAUAAAACAAUGGAAAAUGGCUUACCAAAAACCAGUAAUGUUGCUAGAUCUAACUCCCUGCGGUCGUCAAGCCCUCCUAGACUCAGGAGGGACUACAGAAAUAACACAAAUCUGCCACCAUCUGUUCCUGAGGGCCAGGAAAUGACAACAACAAACAGUGUACCAUCUCAAGCUUACCAGAGUUUUGGAAAACCACAUUCAUAUACCGAUGGGUUCAGACAAAGUUCUUCAAACUUGCCUUCUAAUUUACAGAAUUUAAAUACCAACGUUCAAAAUAUGAAUUCCAAUUUACAAAAUAUGAAUCCAAACCUACCAAAUUUCAUCCCAAAUGUUCAAAAUAUGAAUCCAAAUAUGCAAUCUUCUCCCAAUUUGGCUCAUCUGAGCUCAAAUAGUCAGAACUUAGUGCUUAACUUCCAAAAUCUGAGCCCUAUCUCUAAUUUACAAGGGAUGGGUAAUAAUCCAAUAUUACCAAUUUCAAGUCCCAAUACUCCACAACCCUCGGAUCAUGAUUUUCAAAGGCUCAAUCAACCAUCAAACAGCGUUCAAUCAAUGGGGCAAUACAAUGGGAGUAUUCAGGUUGCAAGCGUUGAUUCGUCUUCAUCCAGAGACCAUCAAAUGCCCCAUGGACUCAUGGUCCAAAAAAUUCAACCAAAGAUAUCACCGGUCGGCUCCAUAGCUUCACAGAGAUCUUUGAGCCAGCUUAGCUCGCACAAUUUGACAAAACAUUCACAAGCCUAUGGAGUCCCAGAAAAUACCCAGAACAUACAUACACAUUUCCAGAAACCAAUUGAGUCUUCUCAGUCUAUGCAUAAUUUGUCAAAGUCCGGUAUGGUAUCUGCUGCUCCUGUUACAACUUCUACUCCAGAUCAAAAUCAAAAUCUAAAAAGCUCGAUAUCAUCUGGAAAUCUGGCUACUGGGUCUGGAAGCAAUGCGAACAAACAAAGUGCUGAGCACAGAUUAACACAUGAGCAAUUCAGGGCUGCUUUACAGAUGGUAGUGAGUCGAGGAGACCCAAGAGAGAAUUUGGAAAACUUUUUGAAAAUAGGGGAAGGAAGCACUGGAACGGUUUGCAUAGCUACGGAUAAGAGUACAAACCGCCAAGUAGCUGUAAAAAAAAUGGAUCUCCGGAAGCAGCAAAGAAGAGAGCUGCUAUUCAAUGAAGUUGUGAUAAUGCGCGAUUAUCAUCAUCCUAAUAUUGUGGAGAUGUAUGAUAGCUUUUUAGUUAACGACGAAUUGUGGGUUGUUAUGGAAUAUUUAGAAGGCGGAGCACUUACUGAUAUAGUUACACAUUCGAGGAUGGAUGAGAGUCAGAUAGCGACAGUUUGUUCACAAUGUUUAAAACCUUUGGCUUAUCUGCAUUCCCAAGGAGUCAUUCACAGAGAUAUUAAGUCUGAUUCUAUUCUGCUCGCGGCAGAUGGCAGAGUAAAAUUAUCAGACUUUGGUUUUUGUGCUCAAGUAUCCCAGGAACUACCUAAAAGGAAAUCUUUGGUAGGAACUCCUUAUUGGAUGAGCCCAGAAGUCAUAUCAAGGUAAAUCAU